GUGUUAUUUCUGUCCCGUCGCGCCGCCAGUAACAGAACCGUGAGCGCGUGCUGUGUAUGUUUCCAACGGUUGUUUUGGCGCUGUUACUAUUGUUUUGUGUGGCUUUCCUCUUCGUCUCGGAUAUCUGUACACCCACGUGAAUAGUGUGAAUCAUUGUGCCCCGUAUUGUGUAUGUGUGUGGAAGUACACUUACCCAUCAUCAUCGUGCGCGGUGUGAAUGUUUAAUUUUAAAUGUAGAAGACAAGCAGCUGUUUGCUAACAAAAUCGAAACAAAUCGAUUUAUCGAGAGAUAGCUCGCGGCGAGAGACAGCGACGGUUGGAUCGAUGUCAUUCCGAUUCCCCAACGCGACCGAAAUCUACGACGCCGACGCCGACGACGACGACGACAAGAACACGCAAAGUCCAUUCGGUCUUAAGUUAGCAAACGGUGCGCCCGGCGGUGCGGUGCGGUGUGUGGUGGCCAUUCCAGGCCAUCCUGGAAACGAGCGUUAUCGUCCAGUGAAGCACGGCAGCACGCUUUUAUGGCUCCUCGUCCUCGUCUUCGUCCUGUGCCAAAGUGCUAGUGCUAGUGAGUGUUUAAUUAAAAUCAUCAACAAAGACAAAGGAACGAACGAAAGAGAGGAAGAGACAGAGAGAGAGAGUGAUUGUAUCGUGGACGAAACCGUGUGUCCAUUGGAGUGAAUCCGAACAGAAAGUCCUCUAGUCCCACCUCUGAGCAAAAUGGGUGCGCCACCUGCCAAGAAGCCGUUGGUCAACAGGAACCUAAUAUCCCUGAAGAUUGUCCUUUUUCUGUUCUAUGGCGCCCUCGGAUGUUUACACCCGUACCUGCAGAAGCACAUGACCCUGACCGGCCUUAACUACUACGAGUCGCAGCUGGUGACACUGAUUGCACCGCUCGUGGCGAUCCUGGGACCGCUGGUGAUUGCUCCGCUGGUGGACCGGUUGGCCGGCCGUGCCGGAGCUUCCUUCGGUAAGCGGCUUCGUCUGCUGGCCUCACUCUGCAUGAUCCUCUCGGUCGUCCUCUACUCGGUGCUGUUCUUUUUGGUGCCGCGUGUCGAGCGGGAAGAAUCCAGCCGGUCGAGUGUAAGUUUCGCCUGCGACUACGAAGGAGCCAUCAUCUUCCAGCAGCGCUGCAGCGAAGAACGCACCUGCUAUCAAUGGAAACGAGAAAAGAUUGGCAGCCUGACGCUCACCAACUGCUCCUACACGUGCCAGAAGCCGGUCGAAUUCGAGAACCUAAACCACCCGUACACCAAGGGCAUUGUGCUGCCCUCGUCAACCGAGAGCUCACUGGAGGAUGAGGAUUACGAUCUGAACGAGGAGCCAUUACCGGCUCCGGACAAUUUUAAGCAGGAAGCGACCGGAGUUGAGGUGGACAACACACCCAUUCCGGUGCCACACAUCUGCGAGCAUAAGGGUGACCGGGAGCGGGAACUAUGCCAUGCGUACACCGCUGCCGCCACCUCCCUCAAGCUGGCCACCGUCCUGCGCAGUGCGGUGAACGAGGAGAACGAAACGCACAGUGCCGAAUGGUGCCGGUAUCCGCUCGAUGGCUUUUCCUGCGACAUUCCGGAGAAGCAGAUCGUCUGGAUGAAACUGCUGACCAACUCGUCCAACUGUACGCCCAAGGUGGAGUGCGAGGUGAACGAUCCGUAUGACGACGCGAACAGUGUGCUGGCGGAGAGUGUCUGCAUGCGGAUCGUCGGUGAUCCGGAGCUGACGUUCUGGUCCUACCUGGCGUUACGCUCGUUCGGUGAUGCCUUCCUCCUUGCCGUAAUCGUACUGCUGAACGCGGCGACCAUCAUAGCGACGCGCGAAACCUCCAGCGGACGCGGUGACUUUGGUCGACAGAUCGUCUGGGGUGCGAUCGGUUGGGCGAUCUCGUACUUUGCCCUCGCCUGGUUCCUGGAGACGUACUAUGGUUACGUGGUGCUGGCGUUGUUGGCCGCUCUCGUCCUACUCGUCUCGUCCGGUAUGCCGCUGACACCGCCGGAGAUGUGGUGGCACACCAAGUGCGGUAUGGUGGCGAUCCCGAUGUCCGCCAUCCGCCGGUACGGUCCCGAGUCGGCCGGUCUCUGCCUGGUGACGCUCAUUCUCGGUACGUUCUGGGCCGCGCUGGACAACUACGAAGGUGUGCUGGUGAAGACGUACGACAUUCAUCCGGUGGCCGACGACUACUACGGGGAGGUGUGGAGUGCGUUCAUUGUGCUCGGUGCCCUUCUCACCAUACCGGCCCUCUGGUACGCCGAGAAGAUUGUCGAUUUCUGUGGCCACUCGAACAUCCUGAUCACGGCGGUCACUACGUUUAUCCUGCGCUUCGCUUUGCUCGCCUCGUGCGAUGUGUCCUGGUGGCGAGUGAUCAUCGACUUCCUGUAUCCGGUCACGCUCGGACUUACCUGGUUGACGAUCGUGUUCUAUAUGCGGCACAUUAUUCCGCGCCGGCUCAUCACCACGGGGCAGGCCCUGCCCGUGAUCUUCCACUUUUGUCUCGGCCGUUUCAUCGGUGCACUGAUCGGGAUGUGGACGCAGAUCGAUCAUCUGAUCGUGACCUUCCAGGUGCUUGCCAUCGCGGCGUGUGUCGUGUCCGUCGUGUACUUCCUGCUGUACCAUCUGGUGUUGGCACCGCGUUGUGCUGCGCGGCUCAAUCAUGAACCGUCGGCAUCGGCUCUCAACAUUACCGCACCGGAUGGUGGUGCGUCCGUGCCAUCGAACGGCCAUCAGCAGCAGCAGCCAACGCAGAAGAACGGAAGCUAUCAACCGUUGCGAAUCUACCACAACUAUCGUGGACGGAAGGGACACUUCCGUUACUAGGGCCCUUACCUUCCUUUCGGCGUUCUCUACCCCCUAGUCCUCUCUCUCUCUCUCUGUUUACUACCCCCUCCCGUCUAGCACAGUUGAUCUGCAUCGAUCUUUUGGUACCAAAAAAGCAAACUGCAUAGCAAAACGGAAAUUCGAGGCCAGUGUUCCCCGGUGUUUUGGGGGGGCAGCGUUAAGGCCUGUGCGACACCGGUCUAGCCUAUUUAUUGAACGCGUAUGGUAGGUGAUUGACGAUAAAAAAAAGCAGAGGAGCCUUCGGAACAAAUUCGCUUUUAUAGUUUAGUGUAGUAUAAAUUCGAAAACAAACAAAACAACUCAGUUAGAAGCAAACACUCCCCUUUUCCUUCGCCUGAAACGCUCCUUCCUUCCCAUUCUGAGACCCUCGAUUUGUCCUGUCCUGUCCCGCACCACAUGGUGUGUUCGUUCGCUCUAUGUUAAGGUAAACAUUUCCGUUAUAUUUUUUUUUGCUGUUUGUUUUAAGUACUUUGUACAACGAUAGGGUUACGUGCGAUUGCGAUCGCGAUCGCGAAACGACGAAGGAAGAACUUUUUGGAGGUAGAAAGAAAUCUCGAAUACGCUUAUCCGUUCUAGGCAAAUGUAUCUUCAAAGAUAAUUCCAUCAGAACGUUCUCUUAUGGUUUACGCUGUCAGUUCCCGUUCUCGAUUGCCAUCUGGAAUAGAGGAAGGUGAAGGUAGGAAGAAGUGCGGCAGAAGGCAAAUUACUCAAUCUAAAAUAAAAA